CCCCCCGUUCUUCCGUUUCGCAUUUUUCCUGAGGUUUUCGUGCCUGGAAGCAGCAAGCAGCAGUCUCACUUCGUCGGAGCAAAUAAGCCAUGGGCGAAACCGUCAAGAAGGAAGUGGAAGACGGAGAUUCGAGCAGAGCUUCUCCGAUGCCGCAUGACGACUACAAAUCCGCCGGUGAAGACGACGCUGCUACUCUCACUAGACUGUCUCUCUCUCCCGAUUCUGCUGACGCUAACCCCAACACCGACCUUAUUCCGAUCUCGGUGCCGCUGGACAUUCCGAUUGAGAAGAGAAAGAGGCGUUUGAAGAUCAAGCUCUCCUGUUCCGAUUCCAAAAUUGAUCAUGCAAUGUCCAGUCAUGCAGGGAAGUGCAUAAGGUCAGUGCGAGCCAAAAAACAUUGUGGGCAACAUGAGGCUAGGACGGAUGUGUUGAGCACUCCUAAGGAAGUCAAGUCACCAGCUCUGAUUCGUGCUGAAGAAAUUCAAUCAAAUUUGGAACCUGAAUUUCCUAGCUUUCUGAAAGCUUUAGUCAGAUCACACGUCGGAAGUUGCUUUUGGAUGGGUCUUCCUGGGCCUUUUUGUAGAGCAAACUUACCUCAAGAGGAUACUACAGUUACUCUGGAAGAUGAGGAUGGAAAGGAAUUCAACAUCAAGUACAUUGGAUAUAAGACGGGAUUGAGUGCUGGUUGGAGACAAUUCUGUGUUGCCCACAACUUGCUCGAGGGAGAUGCUUUAGUAUUCCAGUUAGUUGGAAACUGCAGAUUCAAAGUUUACAUAAUAAGGUCCAAUGAUUUGGCCGAAGUGGAUGGGGCAUUAGGUCUACUGAAUUUGGAUGCUCAUAUAAAACAAAAUGGCGCAGAUUUCAUGGAACAAAAGGGUAAUGUAAAUGCAGUAAUGGCCAUUGUACCCAGCAAAAGUGCCAAGAAAAGGCGCUGUAAAGUUCCCCAAUCAUCUUUCCUUCGAAAGAAGAAGAGGAAGCCUAGCAAGCCAAGAUCAUCAUUUCAUGACGGGCAACCACCAGCUGGGCAAUCUGAAAACGACAGCGAAGAAGUUGGUUCUGAAGUCUUGGAAGGUUUCAAAUUAUCCUUUCCUGGACUUAAGUUUGAAGAUAUCCAAAGCUUUGAGGACUUUAGCAUUGUGAUCGAAGGGUUAGUCUUAGAUUCUGAACUAACUGAAGACGUACGAAGAAAGUACUACAAGCUCUGUUGCUGUCAAAAUGCUUUCCUUCAUGAAAAUCUCAUAAAGGGGCUCAAUUUCAAGCUGAUUGCUGGGGUCAUUUCUGAAACCAUUAGUAUUGCUGAUGCCAUGAGAGGUUGCGAUCUUUCAACUUCACGGGAUGAGUUUGCUACCUGGGAUAAGACAUUGAAAGCGACUGAGCUUUUCGGUAUGAAUGUCGGGUUUCUACGUGCUAGGCUAACACACCUUGUUACCCUUGCCUUUGAUUCUGAAGAUGCUGCAAAAACAAGAAGGUACAUGGAAGCUAGAACUGAGAGACUCCACAUUGAAGAUGAGAUAAGAAACAUAGAAGCAAAGCUUGUAGGACUGAAAGCAACGCAUGAAAGGUACGAAUCUGAUGUCGAGAAUCUGAAAACAAGAGCUGAAAGAUACGAGGUCAGGUUUAACCGGGAGGUUCUUGCUCCAUGGUAAACUUUACUCUGGAUUCAAACAUCACUGAGAGUCGCGAUACUUUCAGUAUGGUGCAGGGAGUAGUUUUCUUACUCGGAAACUAAGGUGUUUGGUUUCUGCAUGGCUUGCGGUUGCUUGAGAUCAGAGGUGGAAAGCAACAGUAGUGUAGACAAGUGUGAUAAACAUGCUGUAAUUUUCCAAAAUUUAAAUGUUGUAGACAGUUAAUGUGCCUAGCAAAUGAAGAGAGAACAUUGUAAUGAUCUUCCUGUUUGUAAGCAGGGUAAUGUUGUAAUCUUUGUAGACGUGUAAUGAUUUGAAGAACCAUGUAUCGCCAUUUUUCUGGAAUUGCUCUUCCUUUCAUUCUCAGCUUGUUCAGGUUUUCAUGUGGCAGCAUACUGUAAACAUAACAAGCCGAUUUUUGUUGUUUUGGAGAUGCAGAUAGUUAAUGCACUCUGCGGCUGGUACUUCUCCCAGUAGGCGACAAAGACUGGCUAAGAAUCAGCCCUUUUUUUCUCAAUCGGAUGCAUCAUGGAUGGGGAGCCACUCUGUCUAGUAUAUACCCUUUUGACUGCUGAGGAGGCUGAUUUCAGGGGUAGAUUAGCCAGACUUAUCAGAAAGCUUUUGCUGCAGAAAAUAAAGGUGGUGGUCAUAACAAAGAAAACGGUGGAGGUACUACUCGGCACUGCUUCAGAAGCUUGGUGGGGUUAAUGUUGUGAUCUGCAAGCCACCAUGUGAGCACGUGUGGAAGAGAGGCCUCCAGCUGCCAUUUCUUCUGCUCUACUACCUCCUCCCCUCUGGCAGCUCUCAGUAAGCAGGGUCUGGCAUCCUGGAGACAACAUGGCGUCGGCUAAUUUGGUGUUUCGUCUUUCUGUAGAAUUCAUCCUGCACACUAGUUCCUGGAUUUUGUCUUCUUAUACAGCUCCCACAUACAAAAAAUAAAUAGAC